AUGGGGGCCUACGACUACGACAACGGCAGCCAGCGCACCUGCGUGACACAAAGACGUAUGGUCUACAAUUACUACUACGCAGAGCCGACUAACGGCGUCGCAAAACAAACCGCGCUUCUCCUACAUGGUCACGGGGACUAUUCUUACGGCUGGCGCUACACUAUUCCUGUUUUACUCUCGCACAAUAUUCGAUGUAUCGUACCUGAUCUACUUGGGUUCGGUGCAUCGUCGAAACCUGUCAGCCGCAGUAUGUAUCGGCUGAAGGCCAUGGCCCAAGACAUGAUGGAGGUCCUGUCCCAUGCCGGCCUUGCAGAUGGUGACAAGUUCAUUGUAGUCGGUCAUGAUUGGGGCAGCCAACUGGCCUCUCGUAUCAUGUUGCACCAUGAGGCAAGAGUGUCGGCAUGCGUCAGCAUCACUGGGACGUACAUACCCCCCUUACAGAACAAAAUCACCAUGAACGAGUUCAUUCAGGAGCAUCCCAAUUUCUCCUACUGGGAAUUCUUCUCCGCUGAGAGUACCCCAAGCCUCCUACGAGAGAAAAUGCCGAUAUUUUGGAAUGCCGUCGUCCGCGGUGCGGGCGAGCCUGUCGUUCCAAUGUCAGAAAUCAAGCCAAGAUUGUCUACCGAUCGAGUAUCCCCAGACUGGCUACUGAAGCCGCAGAUUUGGGCCGAUGAGGACAACGAGAAUUAUUUGCGUACGUACUGGCGCGGGGGUUGGGAGGCCCCAAUGAACUGGUAUACAGCCUUCCUAGAGAACUUUGAGGACGAAAAGGAAUUAGAUCAUUUGGCUGUAGUCCAGACGCCGUUUCUGACUAUUAUUGGAAAGUUUGAUGCAGCAGUUCCCCCAGAAGCAGCCGAUAGUACCAAGGGCCUUCUAGCCCGGUCAUCAACUAGAGUUCUGUCAUCUGGACAUUGGGUGGCACAAGAAGAUGGAGUGGGACUUGGUACUGCGAUCGUUGAGUGGCUAAAGACAGUAUAG